AUGAGUUCUAUGAACGCCCGCUUCAAAAGCCUUGGGUUCGGUUCCAAACGUAAAUCGAGUGCAAACAAUAUCUCAACCACCAUCCCGCAAAACCCCACUUCUACUUCCUCAUCACCACAACUCGCUCAAUUACCCGGACAACCUACACUUCUCACACAAACGGCUUCUUCCUCUACAGCAAGUUUACCUAUGAAUCAUACUGGAGGUACUGGCGUAAGACCGCCUAGCUACUCUAAUCAAUACACACCUGUUGGUCGCACAACAUCUCCGAUGGCUCAAGGAACUCCUCGCACUCCUCCAACGCAGAUGAUGGGCGGACCCCCUCCGAUCAACACAGCCGCUACCGGCGGCUAUCCUCCUCAGCAAGGAGGUAUGGGAGGACCUCCUCCUCCAGCUGGACCACCGCAAUAUAAUCACCCUCCUCAGUAUGGUGCAGGAGGGGCACCGAUGCAAGGUGGUGGGGGUGCACAGUAUGGCGCCAGAAAUAAUGCAGUCGAAGUCGAAGGUGCUGGGAAGAGCAAAGCUCAACUCAUUGUCGGGAUAGAUUUUGGGACCACUUUCUCUGGGGUUGCCUUUGCUUUUGCGACCAACACCGAAGCAAAAGAGGACAUUAUCACCGAAUGGCCUGGAGCAGGAUCAUAUACGAAACAAAAGAUUCCCACUGUCCUUUACUACGAUCAAUACCAGAAAGUUGUUGGAUGGGGUCCAGAUAUCGCAGAUGCCUUGGCACCAACUGGUUAUCCAAAGCCAGGUGUACAAAAGGUUGAAUGGUUCAAGCUUCAAUUGAUGCUCUCCGGAAACACAUAUAUUGAUCCUAUCAACCUUCCCCCCCUUCCACCAGGAAAGUCGGAAAUUGACGUCGCAGCCGACUACCUAUUCAAACUUAGACAGGCGAUGCGGAACCAACUGCAAAAGACUUUGGGAGAGGUGUUUAACCGAGAAGAAAGAAAUAUCCGAUACUACCUGACCGUUCCUGCUAUUUGGAAUGAUGCCGGAAAGGCUGCGACCAGAGCUGCUGCCAUCCAGGCUGGAUUCUUAAGGGAUGAGAAUGACAAUCGAUUGACUUUGAUCACAGAACCCGAAGCUGCUGCACUAUUCUGCUCAAAGGCCGGUCUAUUGAACCUCAAGAUUCAUGAUGCUGUACUUAUUGUUGAUUGUGGUGGUGGAACUGUCGAUCUAAUUGCUUAUGAAGUUGAGGAGGAGUCGCCAUUUACGGUUUCUGAGUGUACAGCAGGUUCCGGUGAUUCUUGUGGAUCUACUGCAUUAAACCGAAACUUCAGCAAUAUCCUACGAACCAAGAUUAGAAAGAUGAAGUUACCAGAGGGUUCAAAGACGGCCGGGAGAGUCUAUGCGAAAUGUAUCAUGGACUUUGAAAAUAGAAUCAAGGCGGAUUUCAGAAACAACAACCAAAAAUGGGCAGUCGAUGUCGGUAUCGAAGCAGAGUUCCCUGAAGCAGGAAUUGAAGAAGGAUAUAUGACUUUCACCAACGAAGAAAUUCUACAAUGUUUCGAGCCAGUCGUCAACCGAAUUUUGGAAUUAGUACGGAACCAAAUCAUCGCCAUUCAAGCACAAAACCGAACACUACAAAAUGUCUUGGUUGUCGGUGGUUUUGGUGCAUCUGAGUAUCUCUUCCAACAGAUCAAGCUUCAUGUACCACCUCAAUUCCAGGCUAAGGUUGUUCGUCCUAUGGACUCUGUGGCUGCUAUUGUUAAGGGUGCUGUUACUGCCGGUAUCACUGAACGAGUCAUCACGUCCCGUGUUGCUCGUCGUCAUUACCUCAUGGCAACUCUUCAACCAUUCAAAGAGGGACACCAUCCAGAAGCUUACCGCGUUCCUUCCUUGGAUGGUAAAGAUCGAUGCAAGUUCACUCGUCAAAUAUUUGUACAGAAGGGACAAAGAGUCAAGAUUGGUGAGCCAGUCAAAGUAUCAUUCUUCAGACAAGUUGCGCCAGGAGCAACUUUGAUGUAUGAGGAUAUUCUGUAUGCUUGUGAUGAUGAUGUUUGUCCUGAAUAUACCAAGGACCCACGUGUCAAGGAAGUUGUCACUCUCACAUCUGAUCUCUCGCGCAAAAACCUUGAAAAGGACUUUGAACGAAUGGAUACCCCUCAAGGCACAUUCUACCGUGUGUAUUUUGAUAUCUAUCUGACACUCGAUGGAUCAGAAUUCAAUGCCGAGCUCGUUUGCCAAGGAGAAGUUAUGGGUCGUUGCACUUCCAGAUUCAGAUAA